AUGAAUUUUGGAACUCAGACACCUACAGUCGUUGUCCUUAGAGAAGGUACCGAUAGCUCUCAAGGUAGAGGACAAAUCAUAUCCAAUAUUAAUGCUUGCGUCGCCAUCCAACAAACUUUGAGUGCCACUUUAGGUCCACUCGGCUCUGAUAUCUUGAUUGUGGGGUCCGAUGGCAAGACCACUAUCUCCAAUGACGGUGCCACUAUUUUGAAACUAUUAGAUAUUGUUCAUCCUGCAGCAAAGAUUCUUGUUGAUAUUUCCAGGUCUCAAGAUGCCGAAGUUGGUGAUGGGACCACGUCCGUCACCAUUUUGGCGGGGGAAUUUUUGAAAGAAAGUAAGAAUUUCAUUGAAGAUGGUAUCAGCUCGCAUGUCAUCACCAAGGGUUAUAGAAAAGCUUUGAGUUUGGUUAUCAAGAGGAUUAAUGAGCUCGCGGUGAAGGUUGAAAGACCAGCUGAUUUGACCUUGACCAGCAAUGACGAAGCCUCGAUUAAAUUCAAAGAAUUAUUGGAAAACUGUGCGAAAACCGCAAUGUCUUCUAAAUUGAUCACCCAAAACUCCAAAUUCUUCACAGAAAUUGUCGUGAAAUCGGUGCUAUCUUUGGAUCAAAAUGAUUUGGACGAGAACUUGAUUGGUAUCAAGAAGAUUCCUGGGGGUUCAAUCACCGACACCUUAUUCAUUGAUGGUGUUGCUUUCAAGAAAACUUUUUCAUACGCCGGUUUCGAACAACAGCCAAAGAAAUUCACUAAUCCAAAGAUUGUAUGCCUAAACGUCGAGUUGGAAUUGAAGGCAGAAAAGGAUAAUGCCGAAGUUAGAGUUGACAAAGUCAAGAAUUAUCAAGAAAUUGUAGAUGCCGAAUGGGAAAUCAUUUUCAACAAAUUGAAGGCCAUCGAAGCUACUGGUGCCAACAUCAUUUUGUCAAAGCUCCCAAUCGGGGAUUUGGCCACACAAUUUUUCGCCGAUAGAAACUUGUUUUGUGCCGGUAGAGUGUCAUCCGAAGAUAUGAAUAGAACUUUGAAAGCAGUUGGAGGGUCGAUUCAAUCCACUACCACCGAUAUCAGACCAGAACAUUUGGGUACCUGUGAGCUGUUCGAAGAAGUGCAAAUUGGUGGGGAACGUUAUAAUUUAUUCAAAGGUUGUCCAGAAGCCAAGACAUGUACUUUGAUAUUGAGAGGUGGUGCCGAGCAAAUCAUUGAGGAAGUUGAAAGAUCCUUGCACGAUGCGAUAAUGAUUGUGAAAAGAACCAUCAAGAACAACGUUAUUGUCGCUGGUGGUGGGGCCAUCGAAAUGGAAUUAUCGAAAUAUUUGCGUGAGUACUCCAAGACCAUUGCCGGUAAGCAGCAAUUGAUCAUUGGUGCAUUUGCUAAAGCUUUGGAAGUUAUUCCAAGACAAUUGUGUGAUAAUGCCGGUUUUGAUGCCACAGACUUAUUGAACAAGUUGAGAAAAGCCCACGCCAAGGGGGAAACCUGGUUUGGUAUCGACUUUGAAAGCGAAUCUAUCGGGAAUAACUUGGAAGCUUUUGUCUGGGAACCAUCCUUAGUAAAGAUCAAUGCCUUGAGCAGUGCGGUGGAAGCGGCAAACUUGGUGUUGUCAGUUGACGAAACGAUUUCCAGUAAAGAAAGGGCUGAACCUAACGCCAAUAUGGCGCAACAAAUGAUGGCCAACCGUGGUAGAGGUGUGCCUAUGUGA